UAAAAGUCUAGAAGAACGGGCUAAGCAGUCCGCUUGAACAUUACAUAAACGAGAAAUAAGAGAAAGCGAGAAGAACGGGAAAGAGACACGGAGAAAACCAAAUUCGUCUAGCAGAUUGGAGAAAGCAGGCCAUUCAUCCGGUGACUGUAUCAUCGAGACUAACUCCGAGCAGUCUGUUUCAAACACCUGACAAUCGAUCCAAAGUUUCCGUAAUAGAACUAGUUUCGAUCGGAUCCAACUGAGCUUCUUCCCACAAUAAUUUUUCACUCAAAGCAUGAUUUAAAACCAAUCUCAUACGUAUUAUAAAACAUUCAGAAUUUUAAACAUCGUAAAAUCGCAAAACAUCUUAGAAUCACAACACAUUGAAAGUUCCAAAAGAUAAGCAUUUUAAAACAACUUGGUUCAAAUUGAAAUCUUGUCUCUAUCUUCCUUCUUGAGUUCUUGUCUUCUUGAUUCUCUUUUUUUUUUCCAUAUAAAUAAAACCAACAUAACAAAUGUUACUAUUAGUGUAUUACGCUUUAAAACAAAAAUUGAAAAUCAUGAAGUAUCUUGUAAUACAAAACGGGACGAGUAGCGGAGCGAGUAACGGAGCGAGUAACGGAGCGAGUAACGGAGCGAGUAACGGGGCGAGUAUCGAAACGGGGCGAGUAACGAGCCAAAUAUCAAAAAAAAUUAUGAUACUUGAUACUUGACCCUUACUUGCAAGUAAUGGAAUUAUACUACUUGGUACUUGCCUUGACAACACCGGGUACUUGUUUUUUCAAGACGAGUACGAGCCGAGUAGCGAGUAUCAACCGAAUAACGAGUACUUGUGCCCAGGCCUACGAAAUUGCCAUUGAAAUGGCUCUCAAAGCUUCACCAGCUGCCGGAUUAUUCCCUCCUCUCCGUCCUACUGCUUCUUCUUCCCCUUCGACUUCUAAUCGCCCUUAUUCCCUCAGGGUUCUCCCCCUCAGACCAUCCUUCUUCGGUGGGGCUCUGAGAGUGAAUGUGCUGAGAUUAGCUUGUGCUAAUAGACUCAGGUGCAAUGGUCACGGUGCUACGAUGAAUCUUUUUGAACGGUUUUCUAGAGUGGUCAAGUCAUAUGCAAAUGCGUUCAUAAGCUCCUUCGAAGACCCGGAGAAAAUCUUGGAGCAAACUGUCAUUGAAAAGAAUAGUGAUUUGACAAAGAUGCGUCAAGCCACUGCACAGGUACAGCCCUUAAACGACGAAAGUCUUUUGCUGUAGUUUAUAUCUAUCCAUUCUCUUGUUCACCAGUUUUCUGUUUCUUAAGAUUGCUUUUACUCCAACAAAUGAAAGAACCUAAUCAUUUGAAACGGAAAUGAGAAAGAAAAAACAAAUCUUUUAGAUUUUGUA